AGUUUGUAGGUUAUAUUGUGUAGUGAUGUAUCUCGAAACCUUUUUCAGUAAUUUAUAACAUAACAUAAUAAUGGUACUGAGAUAUUUCUGUUAAUUAAUGUGUUUAAGAUAAAUUUUGCAUAAAAAAUAAUCUGAGGCUACCAUGGCUACGCCAGAAUUCGAUGCUGCCCUGGGCGGCACAGAGGAGUUACCAUUUUCAGCCAAUAGUUUGAAAUUUGCUACAUCUAGAAGCGUAGAAAUUGCUGCUAUGACUGAAAGCAUUCUUCGUCCAAGCAAAACUAAGCUUAUCUUUCAAACACUGCCUGUUCACAUGCGCCGCAGAGUAAUGAGCCACAACUGUAAGAGAUUGCCAAGAAAGUUACGUGAGGGUCAUUUAGAGCAGUUAAAAAAGAGUGGCCUACCUCCUAAACAAAAGAGGCCAUCUAGAAAAUAUCGCAGGCGGCCGGCAAAUUUGUUAGAUGAGUAUAAUCGACGGCAGAAGCGAAAUGUUUGGUUGGAAACUCAUAUAUGGCACGCUAAAAGGUUCCACAUGGUUGAGCGCUGGGGGCACCGACUGGCCCUCGCGCCCUGUGACAAAGCAUUCAGAAUGUGUUACCGGGCCACCUCUGCUCACUGUUUACUACAAGACAUCUCAUACCUAACUCCAAUACAAGUUACAGGACCAGUAGCAUUAUUAAAAGAAAUGUUUUCGUCAUUAACUAGUUGUGUCUGUGGACUUGGCAUCUGUGCUCAAGCUUAUUUAUCUGGCAAAAGAGAAGGUACUAUCCACCUAUAUGAAGUAAACUCUUACCCUUAUGGUUAUAUUGGAAAAGUAACCUUUAUCUGGCUUCCAGCUGAUAGUCAAAAUAGGAUUUUGUGGCUAUUUGUCCAUCCAUCUCAGACAAAACAAGUAGAAUCAGCUUUAGCAAACAUAAUAAGUGGUAUAAAUACAGAUGAGCCUGAUUUAGCAACAAAAAAGAGAAAAAUCUCUAAUAAAUUUACAGAUAAUAUCCAAUUCAAAGUGUUAUCAGGCAUAUUUAACAGAUUCAGAUUGACAGGACCCAAUAGCCAUGCAAUCUUGUCUCACAGUCUCAAAUCUGUAAGUGAGCAUGAUUCUUCAGAAUGGCAAACACUCCUUAGAGAAAAAGAUGAUUUCUACUUAAAAGAAAAGCAAGACUACUGGCAAGAGAUCAGUAAGGCUAGCUCACCAUCUCAGUUGCCUCCAAGAACAGUAGUAGGCUUGAUUGUCAAGGAUCCACGCCUGAGCCGACCUUCACACCGCACUAAGGCUAAAUAUGAAAACACAGAACCAAUACCUGCACAGUCCUUGCUAGAUAUACCUAAGGAAGCAGCAAAUUCGCCUUUAUGGGACUUGAGUAUACAUGAUGUUAUCAAGAAAAAUAGGUUGACCAAUGGACAGUUCAUAGCUCACAUAACCAAGAGCCAGUUGGUGCCAGGAGAGGUGAAUGAGAAUGAUCCUGCUCUACAAAGUGUCCCUGUGGUGCUAGUCCAGAGACCAGGCUCUCAAGAGCCUUGUAUUAAAAAACUUGGUUAUGGAUGUGGAUGGGAUAUAAUUAUACCAGCCGGCUACAGCCUGCAAUUCUGGCAAACAUUCAUCAUGUUCGGUGCAAGGUCCGGAGGUCUCCGCGAAACUGAGAGUUUAGCUUUUGAAAUGGGUGAACACCACAUACCACCAGAUUCUGAAGCCGGGAUGGCAGAGGAGAAAAGAAUAGAAACAGAGUUGAAAGAGAGAUAUUUCAACCUGCCUCCUAGUAAGAGAGUAAAUUACGCUAAAUUAGGUGUCAAUAGUCCAUUUAUUUGCCCCUGGAAGAUAUUGUUAAAAGAUUGGGCAUCAAGUUCAGUAGUUGACUUCUUUAUUUUGCGAGACAAGAAACUUUUGGAUCAAGUACAGAACUGUGUGAUGAAUAAAAAAGCUCUUCCUCAAAUGGACAAAUCUGAAACCUGCUUGGUGGCUGUGUACAUUAAAGUACAGGGCAAAGGUACUCUCAAAAGGCACGCCCAUUUAUGUCUACCACGGCCUGGAGAUGACAAAACAAUCAAAACGUUGUUUGAACCCCACCAUGACGACCCUAACGAGGAACUAAGGAAACAGAAACGGACAGCACACAUUAUAGACUUGAAACGGUUGCGGAGACGGAAGAUGAAACUGAAAAAGCAUAACACAGUAACCGCAAAUGUUGCACGAAAAACGACCGUACAAAAAGAGCCAUCGGAAUACGUGAAAAUGAUGAGAGAACUAUGGGUGCCCUCCGACACACCCACUGUUCGACAUUCCACUGCCAGAGAAAUCAUAGGAUUUAUAUCUCAAGGCGGAUUCAGUUUCUCGGAAGCCCACAGUUGCGGCGUUGGAUUCGUCGCGUAUAACGCUCUGAGCGCCCUCCUCAAGAGUGGCCAAAAUCAAGCUCUAGUCCGAAAUGUAACAUCGAGGAAAUAUAGAUUAGGUUCCUUACAAGUUACUGUGCCAUGAAUGAACACA